GUCCUUCAGCGGCUGGCGGCGGUGAGUGUGACUGUGCCGGCCGCCGUAGAGCUGGAGAUGUUACGUAGGAGGAAGUGGCUGUGCAGAAUAAUGUGACUUGCGCUGUGUACGCAGGGCCUGCCGCUGCCGGGUUUAUGUCUGACAUUCGGCGCUGCUGUUGAGUUACACAAAUCACUGCCAGCUUAGAACCAUGGCGCUGGUCUAUGAGAGCCUCAAACUACACACAACACCUGAGAAGUUUUUUGUGGAAGCAUGUGAUGAUGGAGUUGACGAUGUUCUUACAAUCGAUAGAGUGUCUACAGAAAUUGCUCUUGCAGCAAAGAAGGACAUCCCUCCGUCUGCAAUCACAAGACCUAUAUGUGGUAUACUGGGCACAAUUCGGCUAGUUGCCGGGAUGUAUCUGAUUGUGAUUACUCGAAAGAAGAAAAUAGGAGAUCUUCUCAAUCAUUCCAUUUGGAAAGCCACUGAUUUUGACAUAAUUUCCUAUAAAAAGACAAUUUUACAUUUAACUGAUACUCAGUUGCAGGAUAAUAAAGCCUUCCUUUCCAUGAUCAGCCAUAUCGUCAGUGUUGAUGGAUUCUACUUUUCCACCUCAUAUGAUCUGACCCACACUUUACAGAGAUUAUCCAACACAAGUCCUGAAUUCCAGGAGAUGAGCCUACUGGAAAGGGCUGAUCAGAGAUUUGUUUGGAAUGGUCAUUUACUCAGAGAAUUUGCUGCCCAACCUGAGAUUCAGAAAUUUGCUAUGCCAGUCAUUCAUGGAUUUAUUGCUAUACAUUCCUGUUCUGUUAAUGGAAAAUAUUUUGAUUGGAUUCUUGUCUCUAGAAGAAGCUGUUUCCGAGCAGGUGUACGAUACUAUGUUAGAGGUAUUGAUUCCGAAGGCCAUGCUGCAAAUUUUGUAGAGACCGAGCAAAUUGUGUACUGUAAUGGAGGAAAAGCUUCAUUCGUUCAAACUCGUGGAUCAAUUCCAUUUUUCUGGUCACAAAGGCCAAAUCUGAAAUACAAACCAAAGCCUCAAAUCAACAAUGCAGUUAACCAUAUGGAUGGAUUUCAGCGCCAUUUUGACUCCCAGAUAAUUAGUUAUGGGAAGCAAGUUAUUAUUAACUUGGUUAACCAGAAAGGUUCAGAAAAACCACUUGAACAAACAUUUUCCCAAAUGGUAAAUGGCCUUGGAAAUGGGUUGGUUAGGUAUUUUGCGUUUGAUUUCCACAAAGAAUGCAGUAAAAUGCGUUGGGAUCGCUUGCAGAUUUUGGUGGAUCAGCUAACUGAAACCCAAGAUGAUUUUGGCUAUUUUUUGGUUGACUCAGAAGGGAAAGUGUUAAUGCAGCAAGAUGGAAUAUUCCGAAGCAAUUGCAUGGAUUGUUUGGAUCGCACAAACGUUAUCCAGAGUCUGUUGGCACACCGUUCUCUACAAGCUCAGUUACAGAGACUGGGUGUGCUUCAUAUUGGACAGAAAAUUGAAGAGCAAGUGCAAUUUGAAAAGAUCUAUAAAAAUUCUUGGGCUGACAAUGCAAAUGCUUGUGCAAAGCAGUAUGCUGGAACAGGUGCUUUGAAGACAGACUUCACAAGAACUGGAAAACGAACACAGUGGGGACUUGUAAUGGAUGGCUGGAACUCCCUUAUACGAUAUUACAAGAACAAUUUUUCUGAUGGCUUUAGACAAGAUUCAAUUGACUUGUUUCUUGGAAAUUAUUCCGUUGAAGAAGUGUAUUCUGCAAGUCCUUUACAAAUUCAAAAGGAUUGGAAAUUUUUAGCAUUGCCAAUCAUCAUGGUGGUUGCUUUUUCAAUGUGCAUUAUUUGCUUGCUGAUGGCUGGUGACACAUGGACGGAGACAUUGGCCUAUGUACUUUUCUGGGGUACUGCUAGUAUCGGGACGGGCACCAUUAUUCUUUACAAUGGCAAAGACUUUGUUGAUUCUCCAAAACUAGUGCAAAAAGAAAAGAUGGACUGAACUUUAAAUGGUCGAAAACCUCUUGGCAGCGAUUGUUCCCUAAAUCAUCCUUGGAGUCUUUACUAAUCUGCUUUCAUUCAUUUCUUCAUCUACUUCCUAAUGUAGAAGUGAAUUUGAAACCAUGAAUAAUAAUAAUGAAUAUUUUUGCCAUGGGCAUGAAGACACAUGUACAGUGCUACAUGACAUGGAGCAGAAUAUACUCUUACAGAAUGAUCUGCUUCUUGAUGUACAUUUCCAUUGAUUUGCAGCAUAUUUCAGAUUUCUCCACCAUUAUAGGAGAUAAGACGACAACAUAUUGAAGCAUUCUCAACUAGUUCUAUAAUACAUGAGACUUUCAUUUUGAGUCACAUGCCUUACUACUGUCUUUAAUUCACUGAAAAUAUUUUUUUCAAUUCCUAGUUUAAGAUGACUUGCAUGAUUAAUAAAUAGUUGUUCGAUCUUUCUUUC